AUGGUUUCGGUGAAUGUGUCACAAAAAUUGGCAUCCCUUGAGUGGUUGGUUUUGCAUGAUGGCAUAGAUGAUCCAAAAAAGACAGAAUUUUUGAUGGCACUUGAUGGAGCCAAGGAAAGACUUCACUUGUUUCAGGCAAACUUACUAGAAGAAGGAUCCAAUGAUGCAAUAGUUGAUGGAUGUGAAGGUGUUUUGCAUACUGCAUCUCCAGUUCAACUUUCAGUGAGCAAUCCGCAGGUCCUCGCAGUCUCAUUGUUACCUCUUAGGAUGGCAGAGAGCAAGGCUGAGUCAGGGUGUCGGGGCAAGGGUUAUGUCAGUCUAGCAGAUAGGAAUACACAUUGGUGGAACGGCAUCGUUUAG